CAAGGACCCGGAUUUAAAGAGACAGGCGCCACAACCGUCGUGGCGGCGCGCUGCCUGUGGGCGCCCGCUGCGAGGCCUGCGGUGUGCGCCGGAGUUGGGAAGGCAGCUGUAUGACUUUGACUUUCAAGAUCCUCUUCCCACCAACCCUCCGCACACUUGGGCGAAAAGAACUGUGCCUAUUCCGACAGCAACAUCACUGGCCUGACAGAAGACAGUUCAGCCAUUGGUCAGAAACAGAUCUGCUUCAUGGGCAUUGCCUCCUCCAGAGAAGAAAGCCUGCUCUGUCAUUCCAGGAAGGCCAUCUAAGACCACGUGCCACCUGCCUUGUUUUCUUGCCAGGGGCGCAUGUGGGACUCUGCAGUGGCCCCUGUGAGAUGGCCGAGCAACGAUUCUGUGUGGACUAUGCUAAGCGCGGCGCGGCGGGCUGCAAAAAGUGCAAGGAAAAGAUUGUGAAGGGGGUGUGCCGGAUCGGCAAAGUGGUGCCCAACCCCUUUUCAGAGUCCGGGGGUGAUAUGAAAGAGUGGUAUCACAUUAAAUGCAUGUUUGAGAAACUGGAGCGGGCCCGGGCUACCACAAAAAAAAUCGAGGACCUCACAGAGCUAGAAGGCUGGGAAGAGCUGGAAGACAAUGAGAAGGAACAGAUAAGCCAGCACAUUGCAGAUCUGUCUUCUAAGGCAACGGGCACACCAAAGAAGAAAGCCGUCGUCCAGGCUAAGCUGACAGCCACUGGCCAGGUGGCCUCUCCAGUGAAAGGUGCCUCACUUGUCACCAGUAGCAAUCCCCGGAAAUUUUCUGGUUUUUCAGCCAAGCCCAACAACUCUGGGGGAGCCCACUCAAGCCCUCCCCCUAAGGCAAGUCUGUCCUCAAGCAGAUGUGACCCCAAGCACAAGGAUUGUCUGUUUCGCGAGUUUCGGAAGUUGUGUGCCAUGGUGGCUGAGAAUCCUAGCUACAACACGAAGACCCAGAUCAUCCAGGACUUUCUUCGGAAAGGUUCAGCAGGAGAUGGUUUCCACGGCGACGUGUACCUGACAGUGAAGUUGCUGCUGCCAGGUGUUAUUAAGAGUGUUUACAACUUGAAUGAUAAGCAGAUCGUGAAGCUUUUCAGCCGCAUUUUCAACUGCAACCCAGAUGAUAUGGCACGAGACCUAGAGCAGGGCGACGUGUCAGAGACAAUCAGAGUCUUCUUUGAGCAGAGCAAGUCUUUCCCCCCAGCUGCCAAGAGCCUCCUUACUAUCCAGGAGGUGGACGAAUUCCUCCUUCGGCUCUCCAGGCUCACCAAGGAGGAUGAGCAGCAACAGGCUCUGCAGGACAUCGCCUCCAGGUGUACAGCCAAUGACCUCAAGUGCAUCAUCAGGUUGAUCAAACAUGAUCUGAAGAUGAACUCAGGUGCAAAGCACGUGUUAGAUGCCCUUGACCCCAAUGCCUAUGAAGCCUUCAAAGCCUCGCGCAACCUGCAGGACGUGGUGGAGCGGGUCCUCCGCAAUGAGCAGGAGGUGGAGAAGGAGCCAGGCCGGAGACGAGCUCUGAGCGUCCAGGCUUCCCUGAUGACGCCAGUGCAGCCCAUGCUGGCCGAGGCCUGCAAGUCCAUUGAGCACGCAAUGAAGAAGUGUCCUAACGGCAUGUUCUCUGAGAUCAAGUACGAUGGGGAGCGAGUGCAGGUGCAUAAGAAGGGGGACCACUUCAGCUACUUCAGCCGCAGCCUCAAGCCUGUCCUGCCUCACAAGGUGGCCCACUUCAAGGACUACAUCCCCCAGGCUUUCGCCGGGGGCCACAGCAUGAUCUUGGACUCUGAGGUGCUCCUGAUUGACACGAAGACAGGCAAACCGCUGCCCUUUGGGACUCUGGGAGUGCACAAGAAAGCUGCCUUCCAGGAUGCUAAUGUUUGCCUAUUUGUUUUUGAUUGUAUCUACUUCAAUGAUGUCAGCUUGAUGGACAGGCCUUUGUGUGAGCGGCGGAAGUUUCUUCAUGAUAACAUGGUUGAAAUUCCCAACCGGAUCAUGUUCUCAGAAAUGAAGCAAGUCACUAAAGCUGCGGACUUGGCCGACAUGAUAAACCGGGUCAUCCGAGAGGGGCUGGAAGGGCUGGUGCUGAAGGACGUGAAGGGUACAUAUGAGCCUGGAAAGCGGCACUGGCUGAAGGUGAAAAAAGACUAUUUGAAUGAGGGGGCCAUGGCGGACACAGCUGACCUGGUGGUCCUUGGGGCCUUUUAUGGGCAAGGGAGCAAAGGUGGCAUGAUGUCCAUCUUCCUCAUGGGCUGCUAUGACCCAAGCAGCCAGAAGUGGUGCACGGUCACCAAGUGUUCGGGAGGCCACGAUGAUGCGACCCUUGCCCGCCUGCAGAAGGAACUGGACAUGGUGAAGAUCAGCAAGGAUCCCAGCAAGAUACCCGGCUGGCUGAAAGUCAACAAGAUCUACUAUCCUGACUUCAUAGUCCCAGACCCAAAGAAAGCUGCCGUGUGGGAGAUCACGGGGGCCGAGUUCUCCAAGUCUGAGGCGCACACGGCCGACGGGAUCUCCAUCCGCUUCCCACGUUGCACCCGCAUCCGUGAUGAUAAGGACUGGAAGUCUGCCACUAACCUCCCCCAGCUCAAGGAACUGUACCAGCUGUCCAAGGAGAGGGCUGACUUCACCGUGGCGGCCCGAGAGGAGGGGAGCUCCACCACCGGGGGCAGCAGCGGAGAGAACGGGGGUACCUCGGGGCCUGCGGGGGCUCGCAAGGCCUCCAGGGCCUCCCCGAAGCAGCCCUCCACCGGCGCCAGGAAGGCAGGAGGGAGGCUGAGUGGCCCCAGCAGCAGAGGCGGCCAGCAGCUGACCUUGAAGGCAGGCCAGAAGCGGAAGGCCCCCGAGGAGACGCCGUGCCCAGCCAAGACUUCAGCCGCCUCAGACGCUACUUCGUGGCAUUCGACGGGGACCUGGUGCAGGAGUUUGACACGGCCUCAGCCACACACGUGCUGGGUAGUGGGGACAAGAACCCUGAGGCCCAGCAGGUCUCCCCGGAGUGGAUUUGGGCAUGUAUCCGGAAACGAAGGCUGCUGGCCCCCUGCUAGGACCGCGGCCCUCCCUUGGCCUGGGCCGCGCUCACUGUGCCCCGGCUGCGGCGGGUGGGCGACGGCGAGGACACGGUGGGAGGGGAUGGCCUUUCUUCUCCAAGCAAUGCGUCUUCCAGAACCCACCAGCCGUGCUUGGUCUCCUCCCGGCCAGGACCUUGGGGACUUCGGGCUGUGGGUGCCACCAGGGAAGUCCGUGGCUCCUGCUGGUUCACCGUAGAUCUUUCCUAUCUGGGUGCUGGUUUGGUUGUCUUUUUCUUUUAAAAGAAGCUUUUUUUCAUAUAAAUAAAAUAUCUUGCAGUUACCCCGUCCUCCACCCCUUCUCCCCAUCAUCCUCCUAGUGGUAAGGCACAGAGUGACGCUGAGCUGUUGAAGCUCCGUCCGCAGAGCCACCUGCCCCUUUACUUGCAGGCUCCUUUUAAAGUUAUAUUUAAAAGAUUGCCCUCAGAAAUGCUGCUUCUAUUUGGCAGGACUUGUAUUCAGCUUGACCCUUCCGCCGGGAAUGAAGCCUCCUUUGAAAGAAAACAAAAUGAAUUUUAUGACUUAAUUCUCUUGUGUUCUCUUACAGGGUGUGGGUCCCAGUUUGAAGGGAGGGAACCAGGAUCAGGUAGGAAAACGGGUCCUUU